ACGUGGCGGCUCUCGCCUGGGCUGCUUCCCGGCUUCAUUUUGCCCGACUCAGUUUCCCACCCUGGGCGUUUCCAGGUGCUGCCGCCACUGCCCUCACCACUGCAGCCAUGAUCUCCUUAACGGAUACCCAGAAAAUUGGAAUGGGAUUAACAGGAUUUGGAGUGUUUUUCCUGUUCUUUGGAAUGAUUCUCUUUUUUGACAAAGCACUACUGGCUAUUGGAAAUGUUUUAUUUGUGGCUGGUUUGGCUUUUGUAAUUGGUUUAGAAAGAACAUUCCGAUUCUUCUUCCAGAAACAGAAAAUGAAAGCUACAGGAUUUUUCCUGGGUGGUGUAUUUGUAGUCCUUAUUGGUUGGCCUUUGAUAGGCAUGAUCUUCGAAAUUUAUGGUUUUUUUCUCUUGUUCAGGGGCUUCUUUCCUGUGGUCGUUGGUUUUAUUAGAAGAGUGCCAAUCCUUGGAUCCCUCCUAAAUUUACCUGGAAUUAGAUCAUUCGUAGACAAAGUUGGAGAAAGCAACAAUAUGGUAUAACAACAAGUGAAUUUGAAGACUCAUUUAAAAUAUUGUAUUAUUUAUAAAAUCCUUUGAAGAAUAUUCAGCACAAAAUUAAAUUACAUGAAAUAGCUCAUAAUGUUCUUUACAGAAGUUUAAGAUGUACAGUUUACAGAAUACCAACAUCAAUUAGCAAAGAAGCAAUGAGAACAGGCUGCUAUCAGGUGAUCUAAGAAGUCAGCAAGCAAACUAAGGGAGAUGAAAUCCAUGUACGAUGCGUAUUGAAACUCUUGACGGCUAUUUUUAUUGUUUUUCCACAAUGUGUGAAAAACAGCCAUCCUUAGAGAACUGUGGUGCCCAUUUUGUUUUUGUUUAGGUUUUUUUUUUUUUUUUUUUUUUUGUAGGUUCAGGAGCACCCAUAGGCAUUUACUUUUUAGAAAUGUCCCCUGCAGUGGCAAAAAUAUUUUUAGUUGCAUUAUGUCUCUGAAAGUGAUGCAUGGGUUGGAUUGAAUUAUGUCAUUUUAAUGUAUUAAAACCAACGAAAACC